GUGGAGUUCUGUCACUGGCGGUCCGCCUGGAUACCCGGAAGUCGAUGUUGGUGGCACCGGGAUCAUGAAGCGGGACGUGAGGAUCCUCCUUUUGGGGGAGGCCCAAGUGGGAAAGACGUCUCUGAUAAUGGCGCUGGUGGGGGAGGAGUUCCCGGAUGAGGUGCCGGCCCGGGCGGAGGAGAUCACGAUACCGGCCGACGUGACGCCAGAGCGGGUCCCCACACACAUCGUGGACACCUCCGAAGUGGAGCAGACGGAGGACGAGCUCCGGGAGGAGAUUACAAAGGCAAACGUUGUCUGCAUUGUGUACGACGUCUCAGAGGCCGACACCAUUGCGAAGAUUUCCUCUAAGUGGAUCCCCCUGGUGAACGGCCAUGCAGAGCGGAACUCACGGCUUCCCAUAAUCCUUGUGGGGAAUAAGUCAGAUCUCCAGUGCGGCAGCUCCAUGGAGUCCAUCCUGCCGAUUAUGAACCGGUUCUCAGAAAUCGAGACCUGCGUGGAGUGUUCUGCUAAGAACCUCAAGAACAUCUCUGAAGUCUUCUACUAUGCCCAGAAAGCUGUCCUUCACCCCACCGCCCCCCUGUACGACCCGGAGGAGAAGCAGCUGAGGCCGCAGUGCAGAAAAGCUCUGACCCGAAUAUUCACCAUCUCAGACCAAGACAACAAUCAGAUCAUGAGCGAUGACGAGCUGAACUACUUCCAGCAGUCCUGUUUUGGGAACCCCUUGGUCCCUCAGGCCAUGGAAGAUGUGAAGAUGGUUGUCAGGAAGAACACCGCUGACGGAGUCCGUGAUAAUGGACUGACGCUAAACGGCUUUCUUUUCCUCAACACCCUCUUCAUCCAGCGGGGGCGCCACGAGACCACGUGGACCAUUCUGCGACGCUUUGGUUAUGACGAUACACUGGAGCUUACUGACGACUACCUCUACCCACCGCUCCGCGUCCCCCAUGAUUCUUCCACUGAACUCAACCAUUUUGGCUACCAGUUCCUCCAGAAGAUCUUUGAGAAGCACGACCUGGAUGGCGAUGGUGCACUAAGUCCCUCAGAGCUUCAGAGUUUCUUCAGCGUUUUCCCAUAUACCCCCUGGGGCCCGGAGCUAAGCAGCACAGUGUGCAUGGCGGACGAUGGUCUGCUGUCUCUCCAUGGGUUCAUGUGCCAAUGGACGUUAGUGGCCUAUCUAGAUGUCCAUCGUUGCCUGGAAUAUCUGGGGUACUUGGGGUACCCCAUCCUGUGUGAGCAGGACAGCCAGACUCAGGCCAUCACAGUGACCCGGGAGAAGCGGAUAGAUUUGGAAAAAGGACAAACCCAGAGAAAUGUUUUCCUAUGUAAAGUGAUUGGCCCCCGCGGGACGGGUAAAUCUGCCUUCCUGCGGGCGUUCCUGGGGCAGAGUCUUGAGGUGCAGCAGCAGGGCCGCCGGCCGCCCUCCUUCUACUCUGUCAACACGGUGCUUGUCGGUGGCCAGGAGAAGUACCUCAUUCUCUUUGAGGUGGAUGUGGACACGGAGUUCCUGAAACAGUCAGACGCUGCCUGCGAUGUCGCCUGCCUGAUGUACGACGUCAGCGACCCCAAAUCCUUCAACUACUGUGCCAGUAUCUACAAGCAGCACUACAUGGACAGCCAGACGCCCUGUAUGUUUGUGGGGUGUAAGUGGGACCAAGGAGAAGUAAAGCAGCAGCACGGGAUCUCCCCUUCCGAAUUCUGCCACAAACACCGGCUGCCGCCACCUUACCACUUCAGCUGCCAGGGCUCCGUGGACCAAACCAUCUACAACAAGUUGGCCGCAGCCGCUGCCUUCCCGCACCUGCACGACACGGAGCUGAGCACGGCCUCGUUCUGGCUGCGCGUGGCGCUGGGAGCCACCGUCGCUGCCCUCGUGGGAAUCACUCUCUAUAAAGCUCUGCUGCGCAGCAAAUAACCAGCGCUACCUCUGCUCAUCCAGAUCCAGACCAGCACACGCCCGUCACUGACACUUUUAACCCCUUCCGCUCUGACAAGGGAACUUCUCGUGUCCUGUCCUUAUUUUAUUUUGUAUUACUUUUCAGUGUUGGAUUCACGUCUGCAAAUAGUUUGCUUGCCUUGUGCCUUUUACUCCAGUCACAGCCAGAGCUGCAUUCAGUCCUGUUCCCGAUGCAGGUCCUCACAUCUUCUUCUGGCCAGAGCAUCCUGCUGUAUUGCAUUAUAGGAGAGGUAAUGUGUACGUUAUCAGAGGACAUUGCAUUAUGGGAGCUGUUAGUGUUGUGCCGGUCAGCACUGUGCUACGCAGCUUUGGAUGGGACUGGAGUACAAGACAGGAUUGAUCUCGAGAUCCAUGAAGCGAUGAAGAGAAGUGAAUGAAUUCCCUUUUCAUGAAGCGAUUCCAAGACCAAAGUGACCCCGGAAGCUUCAGGUCCAGAUGUUUUAUUUCCUAAUGAACUAAUCUGAUGGAGGUUAUUGUCUGCAGUAAUGGAGGGGCCCCCAGCGCCUCGCGCCUCCCGAUAUAAAGGCCGCAGCACAGACGUCUUGGAGGGUCUCCUGUGUGUACGGACUGAUUCACAAAUUGACUUAUAUAAAGCAAUUUUAAAGAAA